UUACGUAAAAAACAGGAUUUAGAAAAGCUUAUUUGUUGCAAAUGAGCGUAAAUGCAAGAAUUAAACUUAAAUACAAAAAACCCCACUAAUAGUUAAAAGUGUUUCUGUAGUUUUAGACUGUUUUUUUCUUGAUGCUUUUUUUAAUCAGACGCCAUAUGCACGCCUUCAGGACGCGACCCCCUUUUUUUCCUGAACAGACUACUAGUCUUUUCUCAUUCCCAUUAUUGCAGUUUUUGAAUCACCGGGUUUGGAAGUGAAGUUUAGUUUCUCCCAGUUUUUGAACAGCAGCUGGGCAGAACAUCGAGUGAACAUGUAGACAUGGAUUUUAUGAGGCUUUUUGGCACCGUUAUCGCCGUAUUGUUUCACCCUGGAUCCGCUUCGAAAAUAAAUGGCCAGAAAAUCUGCCGACGCGGGACUGAGCGGCCAUGCUAUAAGGCAUCCUACAUCCAGGACAGCAGGCGGAGGCUGACGUUUGAGGAUGCCAGGCAGUCCUGCAGGUCAGAGGGAGGCGAGCUGCUCAGCAUUGAGACAGAGAGUGAGCAACGGUUGAUAGAGACCUUCAUACAAAAGCUGAAGGUUGGAGAUGGCGAUUUCUGGAUUGGGCUCCGUCGUAGCCCCCCGCAUCACCGGACAGGGAAUAAUAACCCAGGAUGCCCCUCACAGUACUAUUGGGUCGAUGGAAGCAAGGCCAAGUACAGGAACUGGAACUGGGAUGAGCCGUCAUGUGGUUCUGAAAUGUGUGUGGUGUUGUACCACCAGCCCUCUGCACCAGCUGACGAAGAAGGCCAUUUCCUGUUUAAGUGGAAUGAUGACAAUUGCAGCUGCAAAAACAAUUUUGUCUGCAAAUACAAGGAAGAGAAAAUGCCAAUAUUUACAGGGGACAGGAUCAUAGUAGAACCAGUUCCAUCUAUGAGGCCAAACAUAUCCAAAGAAGGAGAUGGCAGAAUAACUAUUGGAUUACCUGAGUCAUCAGUGUCUUUCUCAGACAACAGCCUCGACGUUUCCUACAUUCUCUAUGCCACUAUUCCAGCUAUGCUGCUGCUGCUGCUGUUAGCAGCUGCUGGGUUUUUCUGCUACAGACAGCAUGCAAAAAGGAGGAAGACGGAGAGUUUCCCCGGCAGAUCGAAACAGCUGAUGCCAACAGCACCUUCGGUUUCCUCCAUUCAAGGACCUUACGCCUUCAGUGACAUCACUAAACUUCCUCACGCUGCUCUGGACUACAGGACGCACGCAGAAAUCAUGACAAAGUACUCCUGCCCAUAUUCACAUGACGCCCAGUAUCCUGAUUAUGAGAAUGUGACGUGUUCAGAGAAGGAGACCGGCUUUGUGACGAACGAUAUCUAUGAGACUGCCAGAACUCAGAGUCGGCGGUGCCGUAGUCAGGAUGGAUGGGUGGAAAAUGAGAUCUAUGGCUAAUAUUGUUUAUGUCGAUGUGAGCUCCAGAAACGUCUGUGAACUUGUAAUUGUUAAAGGAACCUUAUUAAGCUAGAAAGAGGAACAUAUACUGGACUAUUUCUCUUUCUUUCUACAUAUCUUGCUAGAUUACCAGUGAGGUACGCAGUCUCAACAUACAUAAUUGAGUUUGAAUGGUUUUACGUGGACUGGUUUCAAAGUGUGAAUUUAUUCCUUGUGUAUAUGUCAUCGCUUAACAUCUAUGUUUUGAUCAGUUAUAACGCUAUAUUUAGGACGUUAUCAUAUCUGUCAAACCAUAUUAAAUAAAUGCUGAUAUUAAUCAGAACAAAAGACAUGUUUAUAUCAUUUUUGGUUUUAUGGAUUUUUCCAUGAUGACAGAAGGACUUUUACAGUCCUUGUAUAUUUUUUGCAAUUUGCGACGUUACAACAAAUAACCUCAAUAUUUUGGGGAGAUUUUACGUGAUAAGAAACACAAACAAUGGUCCUUAACUAUCAUGGUGUGAGCAUUCUUGCCCACAGCUCUCAUUAAAGGAAUCUACAGUUUUAUUGUUAAAUUCAUUUAUGAAAUUUAAUUAGACCAUUCAAAAGCUGCUAUUUUCCUCUCUAUUGGCUCCUUGACCAGUUGUCUUUUCAAUAGUUUUGUAGAAACAACCAGCUUUUGUUUUAUUGCUACUUUCUUCAGUUGUUGACCAUUGUCUCUUUUCUCCCAUAGCUUAAAUAGAAUGCUGGAUAACUUUUGCACCCUUCUCCUGACUGAUGCCUUUGUCAAAUCAAAUAUUUGAUAGCAGAACUUUAUAUGAGGUUAUUGGCAUUAACUAUAACUGACGGCAGGUAAAAGCUAAAGACUAAACACUAAAUCUAAAUCAGAAGAAUAUUCAGAAAAGCAGUAGUUAAAUGUGUGCAUGCUUAUGCAACUGUGUUAAUGCCAUUUUCCCCUAUUUGACAGAUUUGUUUUUCAUUUGAAUUGUAUCUGAUAAAUGCCUCACCUGUAAAAAAACAAAACUGAUUUAUUAGGUUCUCCCAAAACCUGACAAUUUAGAAGACAUAAAACUUGAAGGUUACCAGUCAUGUUUAUAAGCAUGUCAGUCUGAUUAAAGGUUAUUGAGAUAUUGUGUUCUUGCCAACAUGACAAGAACAGUAAUAAAGAAAGAAAAUAGAUAUCGCCUAUCCUAAUGCGACACAGUUUUCUGAUGUUGUUUAUAAUUUUUAUUUUGUCUGAAUAUUCAAAAUUACAUUUAUUUAUAGAUUAACUGAUUCAGCAUUUCUUUGCCCACUUCCAGGAAUCAUUUUUUAUUGUUUCUUUAAGAGGAAGUAGUAUGAUUAAAAGCAUUUGAAGUAGUAAUUAGGUACAGUACAUACAAUAAUGAUAUGCACUGGUCACCCUGAAUAUACUGUUCUUGAAAGCUUUGGUUAAUCCCAAAUGAAUCUUCUUGAGCAUUAGUACAUAGUUUCGCAACAUUUGUUGAGAUAAUAAAAAACAUCCGUGUAGUGCACUGUAAAAAUGAACUUUCCAUUUCGGGACUGUCUGCUGAUGUCAGGGAACAGGUCAGGACAUGAGGAAAGACAGAUGACAGAUAACUGACAAAAAAGCUUUUUUUUAUUUUUGAUAGUAAGAGUUUCUCUUCAGGUAUGACUAGAUUACAAUAUGUUAUGAAAAACUGCAUCAGUUUUACUCUGUAUAAUCUGUUCCUCUGUAGUAAAUUUGAAAAGAAAACA